CUCACCGCCACCCCUCCUUUAACCAUGAGGGAGUACAAAGUGGUCGUUUUGGGCUCGGGCGGAGUCGGUAAAUCGGCGCUGACGGUCCAAUUCGUGACCGGCUCCUUCAUCGAGAAGUACGACCCCACGAUAGAGGAUUUCUACAGGAAGGAGAUCGAGGUGGACUCGUCCCCGUCGGUGCUGGAGAUCCUGGACACGGCCGGGACCGAGCAGUUCGCCUCCAUGCGGGAUCUGUACAUCAAGAACGGCCAGGGCUUCAUCCUGGUCUACAGCCUGGUGAACCAGCAGAGCUUCCAGGACAUCAAGCCCAUGCGGGACCAGAUCAUCCGGGUGAAGAGGUACGAGAGGGUGCCCAUGAUCCUGGUGGGGAACAAGGUGGACCUGGAGGGGGAGCGGGAGGUGUCUUCCGGGGAAGGCAAGGCGCUGGCCCAGGACUGGAGCUGCCCCUUCAUGGAGACCUCAGCCAAAAAUAAAAUCUCGGUGGACGAGCUGUUCGCAGAAAUAGUGAGACAGAUGAACUAUUCCAGCGUCCCCAGCGGAGGCGACCAGUGCUGCUCGUGUGUCCUGCUCUGAAGGAGCCGCGGAGACGUGCAGAAAACCCGGGGCUUUGAGUUCAGAGCUUCAAAAAGUUGCGGCUCUGAAGGCUUUCUUCUUUACUUUUAUUUUUUUUAUUUUUUUCUAAAAGUUUCCUCACUCCUCACACUGUUGUCUUAUUGUUGCACAAGAACAAAAAUCGACAACAGUCUAUUCUGUAUCAUAGUCUGGAAAGUGUUUACAUGACAAMGUACUUGAAUGUUUUGGGAUUUUUUUGGUUUGGUUUUUCUUUUCUAGCUUUGUAUUUGACACUUCUCUGGAAAAUGUGCCUCGGUGGGAAUGUCUAAUUGUGAAACCUAAGAGUCAUGUGUUUUCAGGCCUGUUUUUUUU